UACAGAUAAUGAUAACCGUUUUAAGUAAUGAGAAAGGGAUAAAACAACACUAUCCGUUUUAAAACAGCAGGAAUACGCUCAGAACAACUACAAGUUGAAAAUGGAGCCUCUGGAUCCUGACAGAAAUGAGGGAGGCAGUGGAUUCUCCAAGCGCCGCAUUUCUUCGAUUUUAAAAGCACCACGAAGAUCGAUGAGAUAUUCUGACCCACAGCAACAAGAAAUUGUGGUGGAGUGUCCCAAACCAGUGGAAAAGAGGGUUUCGAGAAGAGUCAGUUUUGCCGCUGCCAAUGGUGUUCUCCUUUUCUCAAGCGAUGAAAAAAAUGACUCUCCUGUUCGAAGUCCUAUACAAGAGUUAAUACCAACAUCAGCAGCCACACAAAAUAGGGUCCAGUUGGCAAGCACUGAAGAUGUCAAACAACACAUUUGGGGGAUGAAAACCCUAUUGAAGGCCCCUCUGCAUGCUUUUCAGCAAAGGGAUGGGGUCGGCUUUGAGAUGGACUUGGUGGAGAAAACGAGGAUAUUCUCGGAUAAUGAAUUCAUGGACAUGACCCAGAGUCAAACUAUAAUCAUCGCCAGUGAUGCAGAAUUACUUGAAAGUAUUCCCCACCAAAACCAUGAUGUUUUACCCGCUAGAGGAGAGAAACCCUUCAUGUUCGGUGCACGUGAUGCAUCUAGGGAUAUGACCCCAAGUGUUCCUGCUUUACUACCCACAAGCAUGAACUUGAAUUCAACUGUAGAGAAGAGCAACAUAUCUUCAGCAAUGCCUUUGUUGCAUCCUGGAUAUGAAAACGUCUGCUUCUCUAAAAUAUCGGGCCCCAGCGUUAACCCUUUGACCACCAGAACCACGCCCGCUGCUGGUACAUCCUCCGAAAAAGGAAGCAUCUCCAUGGCCCAGAUGAAAACAGUUUGUGUGGAUGAAGAAAAUCGGGUUCCAACUUCAGCUGUGAAAAAUAAGUCUCUAAAUACAUCCAGAAAGAUUGGUGACCUUUCUUAUGGCAGUGCAAUCUCUCCCCAAGAUGAUUUAAGCAUGGAUAUGACUGAAGCUCAAACAGGCCGCAUCCUGCGAUCUACUGAUGAUGAUCCCUUUCAGUGUCUUUUUCCCACGCAAGAAAUGUACUCCCAACACGAGAACAGAGCGCCACAGACAGCAGGGAAGACCAAACAGCAGCCAAUCAGCAAAACACCGGCAUCAUUCAACCCUAAAGAUAUGAUAUCCGGGAGGACUCGUUCUAUGCAGGCUCAGAGACACAGGGUCACCCUUGGUACUAAAGAUGAAUGCAGAGAUAAAACCAUAAGGUUCUCUGCAAGCGACAAGUUUAUGAAUAUGACUCCGAGUCACCCGGUCAACAUUGCCAGUGGUUCAUUGGCUCAACAAAACAUAGAGAGAAUUCCCCCUUGUGGAAAAAUUGACGAGAGAAAACGGGAAAAUACUGGUGUGCCUGAGUCGUCAGCAAAUGCUGUGGAUCUUGGAUUUAAAAACUUCCCUUCAAGUGUCUCUAAAGUUGGCACCCCCAGUGAUAAUCCAGCAAUUGCUAGAAUGGUACUUUCCUCUGCAGCAUCCUCUAGGGAAACUGUCAACGCAAACAGCUCCCUCUCCGAGCGUAAGAGUUAUGUUGGUAAAGAGAAUCAGUCACAAAUUACAUCUAGGAGCUUUGGAAAAUCAUUUAAUGGAGGUACAAUCUGUGCUGAAAAUGACGGGAGCAUGGAUAUGACUGAGGCUCAGACCGGCCACAUUACAGGACUCACGGGAUCAGAGGAGCCUUUCCAGUUUAUGUUUCCUUCACAAGAUAUGUACACCAACAGUGAAAGUGUGAAGAAACAAGAGAUGACUUCAAGGGCGAAGAAAAGCAAAGUGCUAGGAUCUUCUGACCGCACAGGUUUGGAAACCGAAAGAAAUCCGGUCAAAUUUGAUAACGAAGAGAAAACAGUCAGGUUUAAUGCAGAUGAUGCAGCUAUGGAUGUGACAAGAAGCCUCACUGUAAACCUUGCCACCAAUUUCGCACAACAGCCCCACAAAUAUGUGGAAAAUCUACCUGCAGGUGGAGAGAAAACUGUUAGGUUUAAUGCUGACGAUGCCUGUAUGGAUGUGACAAGAAGUCACACGGUUAAAAUUGUCAGUGAUUUACAACUGCAGACACAACCAAAUGUGGAUUUUUUACCGGCCUAUGGAGAGAAAACUGUGAGGUUCAAUGCUGACGAUGCCUGUAUGGAUGUGACAAGAAGUCACACGGCAAAAAUUGACACCAAUAUACAACUGCAGUCACAACCAAAUGUGGACUUCCUUCCGGCCUGCGGAGAGAAAACUGUCAGGUUCAAUGCUGACGAUGCCUGUAUGGAUGUGACAAGAAGUCACAGUGUAAAUAUUGCUACAGAUUUAAAACAGCAGCCACACAAAAAUGUGGACUUCUUACCAGCUUGUGUGCAGAAAACAAUGGGGUUCAGUGCAAAUGAUGCAGCUAAAGAUGUGACAAGAAGUUGCACUGUAAACAUUUCCUCAGAUUUUGAACCAAAGUCUUACCAAAAUGUGGAAAGUCUACCUGCUUGUGGAGAAAAAACUGUCAAGUUCAAUGCCACUGAUGCGGCUAUGGAUGUGACCCAGUUCCUUGCUGUAAACACUGCCAGCAAUUCAGAAUCAGAUCCACAUCUUCCACACAGAGAAUCUAACAUAUUAUCCACCAAUGAAAACAGGGAUUUCCCUGUAUCUGCAAAGAAGGCGCAGCGACCGCUUAGAAACCGAUCUGCACACGUUUUGGAUAACGGAUUUAAAAACACCCUGUCCAUUAAAGGUGGUGCUAAUGCCGUGAACACCGGAGAAGUGGCUGCUGCUGCAGGCCUUCAAGAAACUGUCAACACAAAUGGCCCACUUAGAAAACAGAAGCCCAAUGUGGAUACUGAAAAUGAAGCGCCAGGGUUCAUUUCAGCUGUAAUAGAGAAGCCGGUAAACAAAACCAUGACAGAAGAUCCACAGGACGAUGUAAGCAUGUAUAUGACUGAAGCUCAAACGGGUAGCAUUCUGGGACAAACGUGUACAGAUGAGCCACCUCAAUGCCCCCAGAUCAAUGAAGCACUAGGAUGUCUGGAAAUCCUAAACUUUCCCGAUUCUCUAGACUCAAAAGAAACGUACAUCUGGAAGGAACCUGAACCAAUAAAUCGAACGUGUACUUUACCACAGAAGACGGAGAGUAAUCCUGGUGCCGUUGUUGACGCUGCGCCUUCACAGAAGUCUAGACGAAUUAGUUUAGCCGAUGUUCAGUCAAAAGUGAGGCGUUUAAGCCACAUGAUGAAUACAGCUCCUGAUACCAUCGCAUUGGACAGCUGCACAGCACCUGUGACUGGACUGGAAAGCGAAAUGGACCAAAACUCAAUGGACAAAACCGCAUUCCUACCUGUAACAGAGUCUGCACAUGAAAUAGGUUUACUAAAUACAGAAGAAAAUCCACAAGCUCAAUGUCUUACGCAAGAAAAACCCUCUACUACCCCUUACAACUUGAAGACUAAACAACUGAUGUCCAGACUCUCAGUAGGAGGCUUUAAGGCAAAACUCCCGCAAAGAAACAAACCUGAUGAUCAAAAAAAGGAGUCUGCUGCGGGAGAACAUACAAGGACAGUGAAUGUUACUAAUCAGCUGAGCAACUUCGACGAUAGUGUGAGCGAUAUCUUCGAUGAGGAGCUUGAAAGCUAUGAAGAUUUGUCAGAAACACUGGACACAAUGAGUCCUCCGAAAUCCACAGAAAAAGAGAGUACUACCCAGGACUUAUACGUGGACGAUAAUUUACUGGACAACUUAUUUCAACAGGACUUGAGCAGCAUCGUAAAUAGCAAAAAGAGACCUUUGUCAGAGGAGGAAAAUAACCCACAGGAUGAGAAGAGAUGGAAGACAUACAAUGAGGCAGCCACUGAGGGUGAAAAG